UGUUCUGAAAUCAUGAUCUUAGUGUUUUAAGGGGAAGUCCUGGGGGCACUGCCGCCUUACCUUUUCUAGUCGCUGUUGAGAGGAGGCACUUCACGGGCUGCUUUUCCCUCUUUUUGGUGAAAUGCCACAGGUGGGCACCGGGCAGGGGGCCGACACCCGCACAGCACAGACACCCCACGCCCCGCCUCCCCGUCCCACGUCCUCUCACGGGUGUCUUGUUCCCGGCAGGACGGUUCUUCUCACUCUGACCUCCGCCGUUGUCCUGGUCAUCACCACCGACUGGAUCAGCUGGGACAAGCUCAACCGGGGAUUUCUGCCCAGUGACGAAGUUUCCAGAGCAUUCCUGGCUUCCUUCAUCCUGGUCUUCGACCUCCUCAUCGUGAUGCAGGACUGGGAAUUCCCGCAUUUCAUGGGAGAUGUUGAUGUGAAUCUCCCUGGACUGCACACCCCUCACAUGCAGUUCAAGGUCCCUUUCUUCCAGAAGAUCUUCAAGGAGGAAUAUCACAUUCAUAUAACAGGUAAAUGGUUUAACUAUGGAAUUAUCUUUCUUGUCUUGAUUUUGGAUCUUAAUAUGUGGAAGAACCAGAUAUUUUACAAACCUCAUGAAUAUGGACAAUAUAUCGGCCCAGGGCAGAAAAUAUAUACAGUGAAAGACUCUGAAAGUUUAAAGGAUUUGAACAGAACCAAGCUUUCCUGGGAGUGGAGGUCCAAUCACACCAACCCUCAGACUAAUAAAACGUAUGUGGAGGGAGACAUGUUCCUGCACAGCAGGUUCACGGGGGCCAGUCUUGACGUCAAGUGUCUGGCCUUCGUCCCAAGCCUGAUAGCCUUCGUGUGGUUCGGGUUCUUCAUUUGGUUCUUUGGACGCUUUUUGAAAAAUGAGCAAGGCAUGGAGAACCAAGACAAAACGUACACGCGCAUGAAAAGGAAAUCCCCGUCUGAGCACAGCAAGGACAUGGGACUCACCCGAGAAAACACCCGGGCCUCCGUGGGGGACCCGUUGAAUGACCCGCCCCUGGUCUGCAUCAGGUCCGACCUCAACGAGAUCGUCUACAAGGCCUCCCACCUGACAUCGGAGAAUUUGAGCUCGCACCUGCAGGAGGCCCCCGGCGGGGCGGAAGCCGACCCGGAGCCGGCGACCUCCGAGAGCACAGCCGCGCCAGGGGCCGCGAGCCCGCCGACAGCCCGGGGGCAGCCUUGAGCGUCGCCUUAACGAGCUCGUCUUCCCUCUUGCACAUGUGAGGUUUCCGUAGUGUAAGAAAUACAUGCAAGGCCACAACGGUGCUCAACACGCUUUUUCUAGGACUCAUUGUUUCCUAUUUGUAUUAUGAUCCACGUGCCUACUGUGUAGCUAGUGGUCCUCUAGAGAUUGCUUUUCACAACCGCACAAGCUAUUCGCCGACUUCCCAGCAGAGCAGACGACAAGCCGACUGCCGUGUGUCCAAUGUCUGACCAUAGCGGUGCCUUGAGACAUUAAACUGUUUUUAACCGUACCAGAAAUAAAGAGUGGCACGGUCUCCGACCUACUUCACGUGGGGGCCUCUGUGUACAGUUCUCCUGGUGUGAGCAGGAUAAAGGGACGGCCCGGAUGCGGCUCAGGAAGUUCUCCUGGUUUCUUACGCAGCAGUGGAGUUGGGGACUUUGACGCAAGACUGCCGAGGGGCAUGGUGAUCACCUGUGAAUUUUUAUUGGGCGUCUGCCAUGUACGAAUGGAGGUGCAGAAUUCAGUAGUAGGAGAAUGAUAAUCCAGCACGGGUCACUACUUGCGAAAUGUGACUCUCUCCACCAGUAACUGCAAUUAGGCAGGUGAUAAUGCCUAAUUAUGUUUUCCUAAUUAAAGAUAAAUUGCUACUUGAUUAAAAACCUUGCCCUUCACCGUUGGGAACUAAGGUUAAGAGGCACAGUUGGGCGAAUUCUCAAGUUUAUUGUUAUUUACGUAAAGCCCUAGAAAACCAAAGGGCUGAGGUUUUAACCACAUGAGGGCCGUGCAGUCUACCAUCUACAAUGUUUGCACAUCUUUCUAUAAAUAUGGCUCUGAACGGUAAAAAUUGAAAGACAGAUGCCAACCCUGAGCAGGAAAAGUCCUCUAAAAAUCACACGCAAAACUUGUGAGGUAGAGAAAGGGGUGCAUGAAAGAAUCUGUGUAGUGGCUUGUGUGUGCCUUUUUUUUGGUUUUUGUUUUAAGAAUUAAACAUUGCACAUUAAUAAAGAAUUACACAUCAAUAAUUAUGUGAUAUAGCUUUUUGUUCAUAAUACAGGAAUUCAACUAUAUAUUGGUUUAAAAAUAGGCCAUUUAAAUGCUGGAGUUUUUUAGCACAAUACCAGGCACAUUAAAACAUGGAAUAUUUCCAACAUGCUUUCAAUUUUGUUCCAUAAAUUGUGUUUACAUGUUCUUGAGAGGACUGGGACAGGUCACUUUUAAGGCAAAAUUAUGUUCCUGUCACAUUCUGACAUAGUUGUAUUUUGCCUUUAUGAUUUUUUAAAUCUCCCUUGUUUUGAUCUACAUGCUUUUAAGCUGGCAGCCUGCUGAAUUUAGCAUCCCUAAUAGAACUAUGCAUUUAUCUGUCACUUGAGAGCCGGCUGUAAUAAACUCCUUCCUCGAAUUGUUUACUAAGCAAUUGGAACUGUGCCCCUGCUGUUUCUUUUACCUUUAAUAGCCAUGCAUGGUGCUACCUGAAAUCAGGAACACUUCUGAUGCUGGAAAUGCAGAGAUCGCACUCACUACAGUAAUCCACUGACCAUUCUGUCCAAAGAUACCAUAUCAUCUCUGGCAUGUGGCAACAUUGGCCAUUGCUCAAUUUGCACAGCAUAGAACCUUAAACUUCUUGG